AUGAAUGGGCUUGAGAUUUCGGCGGGUGUUGAUUUGGGCAACCGAUUCCGCAGCCGAUGGAACGACAUUCAGUCGCAGAAUAUUCGCAAUGUAUUGGCGGGCGAACGUAUGCGCAAACGGACGGGAGAGAUCGCGGCAAUAUAUCGCAGCAGAGAAAUGAGGAUAGCCGCAAUGGCUAAG